CACUGGAUUCGACGAGCCCAUUCCCACCCUUCGUUUUCCUCAGCAUUUUUCUAUCUCUGUUCUCAUACAUGGCGACUUCUCUUCACUCAAACCAAACAUCGUUCCUCCAAAUUCUUCUCGCAAAACCCAAACCUAACAUAAACACUCCCAUCUCAAGCUACGUUACGAUUCGGUGCGGUCCACGGAGCAACAGAGGACCUCUCGUCAAAGGCCGAGUCCUAAGCAUCGAGGCCAUCCAAGCCGUCCAAACCCUCAAACGGUCCCAAAGAUCCGACCCCACAAGCCUCCCCAUCACCGUCUCCAAAACCCUCUCGCGACUCAUUAAAGCCGACCUCAUAGCUGCCCUGAACGAGCUUUUACGGCAAGAUCAGUGCGGUUUGGCUCUCCAAGUGUUCUCCACCUUCCGCUCGGAAUACCAGCCGGAACUGUCUCUGUACGCCGCCGUAGUCAAAGCCCUCUCAAGGAAUGCAAUGACGGAGGACAUCGACCGCUUAAUCGUUGAUCUGGAGGAGGCGGGAGGUGGAGUCCAUUGGGAUGAUAAGGGAGUGAUAACGCUGGUGAGGGCGGUGAUUGGGUCAGGGAGGAGGGAAUCAACGGUGAGGAUUUACGGAAUGUUGAAGAAGAGUGGAUUAUUGGGGUCCAAGGAUGGUGAAUACAUGGUUGGUUCUUUGAGUAAAGGGCUCAGAAGAUUUGGUGAGGUAGCUUUGGCUGAUGAGAUUGAUAGAGAAUUUGGACGGUUUUAUAAGGGCAAUGUUGUCAAACUCACUGUGUGAUACUAUUAUUACUUGUGAAAUUAUAAAUUACAAACUUUUAUUC